CACGUCAUCUGAUGUCACUGCCGCACCUGCGCAGCCAUCUUGUACUUUUCCUGCGGCCAGAGAGGAAGGAAGAAAGAAAAGCAAAGGAUAAAAUAGCUGUGUUGUUUAUUCAGUAUAGUAAUGUCCGGUUAAGUUAACAAGGAUCUAACAGAAAGGUAGCGUGCAGCGUAACAGCAGCGGAGGGUAAAUAGAGACACGGCAGCUUUCGCCACAGUGCCUCAGAAUUACAAACGGGGGAAUCAUCUAGGAGUAAAAAGAGGAAGGAAAAGCGUCCGUCAGAUUUCCACCUAAAAUACACACCGGCCUUCACCCACCAUGAAUCCUGAAUAUGACUACCUGUUCAAACUGCUUCUCAUUGGUGACUCUGGAGUGGGCAAGUCAUGUCUGCUGUUGAGAUUUGCAGAUGACACGUACACAGAGAGCUACAUCAGCACCAUUGGAGUUGACUUCAAGAUUCGCACCAUUGAACUGGAUGGCAAAACUAUUAAGCUUCAGAUCUGGGAUACUGCUGGACAGGAAAGGUUUCGCACCAUAACGUCCAGUUACUACAGAGGAGCCCAUGGCAUCAUUGUGGUUUAUGAUGUCACUGAUCAGGAAUCUUACAACAAUGUAAAGCAGUGGCUGCAGGAGAUUGAUCGCUACGCCAGCGAGAAUGUCAACAAGCUGCUGGUUGGGAACAAGUGCGACCUCACCACCAAGAAAGUCGUGGACUACACAACAGCCAAAGAAUUUGCUGACUCUCUUGCUAUCCCUUUUCUUGAAACAAGUGCUAAGAAUGCCACUAACGUGGAGCAGGCCUUCAUGACCAUGGCUGCCGAGAUCAAGAAACGCAUGGGACCCGGAGCUACGGCUGGAGGAGACAAGCCCAACCUGAAGAUCGAGAGCACUCCAGUUCGACAGUCUGGUGGCGGCUGCUGUUGAAGAGCCUGUCUUUCUCUUGCACGCCACACACACGUACAUACCCACACACACACACACACACACACAAAAACAUGCCCUCUCUGCCCUCACAUAUACACACAGACACACCUGCAUAUGUCUAGGAGCAUAAGAACAGAUGAUGUUCUAACCUUCUUAUGGGAGUAACCACUGCGUUUGAAGCCAGAGCUUAAGGUUUAUCUUUCUCUUGGCUUCCAUGCAAGAAGUUUUGUAGCUUCCUCUGAGAUCCUGGUCCUCGCCUUGGUUUUAUACUCCUAGUCACACCCUGUCUUUCUCUCUCCUUCUUUGUAUUUUCAAACCUUGACCUAUUGUACUUUAGUCUCACCUGCAUUCAAUUUCCACCCUUGACCCUAAUCCUCUACAGACACCGUGUUUUCUGGGUCCCUAGAAAGCUACCUGUCCUAUGACCGAUGGGUGCAAAUUCAAAUAAAUUAUUAUUUAAUAUAUGCAGAGCUGAGGGAUUCAAGUGAGAAGGGAAAGCUGUACUCAUGUUUGUCAUGAAAUCUCUCUCUCCAGUUUUGCAUUCACAAAUCCAACACACAACCCCUUGUUCACUUGUGGAAGUUUUUUUUUUUGUUGUUGUUGAAUGUAUAAAGAAUG